UCUAAGUUUUAAGAAGUCAAAAUCCUCAGGCUUGAAGGCUAAAGCAUGUGUUCUCGUUUCUCCUCCAUUUUUUGUACAUGGGCACCGGCAUACUUUCCUCCCAUAUUUCUGACUUUUUGAAUUGAGCUUUCUUAAAAAAAAAAAAAAGGGGGGGGGGGUGAAAUUUGAGGUUUCCACUUCCAGGCAGACCAAAGACAUGAAGUUCACUUCCUGUUUCUCAAAUUGUUUUUCUUCUGCAUCAGAAACCGCCAUCAUCGAUAUAGGAGGACGGGAAGCUGAAGGAGAAAAUGAUCAGAAUUUUACUGUCUUCUCUUAUAGUGAGCUGAAAGUUGCCACUCAUGGAUUCUCUGCUUCAAACAAGAUCGGGGAAGGUGCCUUUGGUUCUGUCUACAAGGGCUUGCUUAGAAAUGGGUCUAUUGUGGCUGUGAAAAUGCUUUCAGUUGAACCUGAAUCGAUGCGUGGGGAAAGGGAGUUUGUAUCUGAAAUAACUACACUCACCAAACUUAAACAUGAAAACCUUGUUACACUUAAGGGCUGCUGCGUGAAUGGAGCAAACAGGUUCUUGGUUUACAAUUACAUGGAAAAUAAUAGCCUGGCGCAGAUAUUACUAGGUGGAGAGACAAACGGGAUUAAACUUGGUUGGGAAGCAAGGCGAGCUAUUUCAUUAGGAGUUGCUCGAGGGCUUGCCUAUCUUCACGAGGAAGUUGAGCCUCACAUUGUGCACAGAGAUAUUAAAGCUAGCAACAUUCUUCUAGAUCAGAAUUUGAUGCCAAAAGUUUCAGAUUUUGGUCUUUCAAGAAUUUUUAGAGAUAAUGCUUCUCACAUUAGUACUCAUGUCGCGGGCACAUUAGGCUAUCUUGCUCCUGAGUAUGCCAUCAGUGGACGUUUGACACGAAAAAUAGAUGUUUACAGUUUUGGGGUGCUACUUUUGGAAAUUAUCAGCGGGCAGACUGUUGUCAAUUUUGAUUUAGAGCAUGGUGAACGUUACCUGGUUCAAAAGGCAUGGGAAAUCUACAGGGCUAACAGCAUUCUGCAAUUGGUGGAUCCUACAGUAGGUAUGAACUAUCCUGAAGAAGAAGCAAUUCGAUUCAUCAAGGUGGGCCUCCUUUGCGUUCAAGAAACAGCCGGGCUCCGACCAGAAAUGUCAAAAGCCCUGAAAAUGUUGACUAACGACAUCGACAUCGAAGGAGUUCAGAUUUCACAACCUGGUCUUGUUGCUGAUCUGAUGAAUAUCAAGUUAGGACAAAAGACCACAUUUCCGAGCCUUUCCUCUAAAGUCUCAAGCUUGGAAAGCACGCAUAGUCCCCUUAGUUCAUAUUCUUGACUUGCUUGUUGGCUCUAUUGUUCUUCUGAGGUUGAGGACUCUCAACAGAGAAGUAAAGGAAUUCAAAGAGGAACCAAUUUUAUUUAUCACUUUUUUUGUUCCCCUAGAGAAUAUUAAUGAUUGCUUGGCAUACCAUUCAAACAGUUUCAAUACAGUUCUGAAAAUAUUGUACAAAGAAAAAAAUAUAGAAAAAUAACCCUUUUCCAUGUACCGUAUACAUUGUUUUUAGAUUAAAAUGUAUAUUGUAGUUUGCAUAGAUGAAUUUUGUGAUAUAAUUACCGCAUUCUCUGUUUGAAAUUUUAAUUCCACAUUAAAAAAAGAA